UCGUAGCCAAUGGGAGGGCCACCCCCGAGCAGUUACAAAGGGGCCGAACGAGGCCGCGGCGCGAGGCGAGGCUCUGUGGUUCCUCGGGGCGGGGGCACCGAGACGCGGCCCCGGCCCCUCGAACGGACCGGAGGCGUACAACUACGCGGGACCAUGGAGGCGGCCGCGGUGGCGGCCGUCGCGGGGAAGGUGACCGUUCCCUCCCGCUACCAGAUGUUUCUCCUCCUGGCGGCCACGGGGCUGGUCCCAGGGGCGGCGGGUUUGCAGUGUUUCUGCCACCUCUGUAUUAAAGAAAAUUACACGUGUGUGACAGAUGGACUUUGCUUUGUUGCUGCAACACAGAGUGCAGACAAAGUUAUAUACAAUAGCAUGUGUAUACCAGAAGUUGAUUUAGUUCCCCGAGAUAGGCCAUUUGUAUGUGCCCCCUCUUUAAGAGAUGGAUUUUUGAUGUCACCUUUCUGUUGUGCCAAAGACCACUGCAAUAAAAUAGAAUUCCCAACAGGUACUUCCCCAGUGAAACCGUCUAAUCUUGGUCCUGUGGAAUUGGCAGCUGUUAUUGCUGGACCUGUCUGCCUUGUCUGUAUUUCAUUGAUGUUGAUGAUCUAUAUUUGCCACAAUCGUACUGUCAUACAUCAUCGUGUUCCAAAUGAAGAGGAUCCCUCCUUAGAUCGCCCUUUUAUUUCAGAGGGCACAACAUUAAAGGACCUAAUUUAUGACAUGACCACGUCAGGAUCUGGGUCAGGAUUACCAUUACUUGUUCAAAGAACUAUUGCAAGAACUAUUGUAUUGCAAGAAAGCAUAGGGAAAGGUCGAUUUGGUGAAGUCUGGAGAGGAAAAUGGAGAGGAGAAGAAGUUGCAGUAAAAAUAUUUUCUUCAAGAGAAGAACGUUCAUGGUUCCGUGAGGCAGAAAUUUAUCAGACUGUAAUGUUACGUCAUGAAAACAUUCUGGGGUUCAUAGCAGCUGACAAUAAAGACAAUGGUACAUGGACUCAGCUGUGGUUGGUUUCAGACUAUCAUGAGCAUGGGUCCCUUUUUGAUUACUUAAACAGGUACACAGUUACUGUGGAAGGAAUGAUAAAACUAGCUUUAUCCACUGCUAGUGGACUUGCACAUCUUCACAUGGAGAUUGUUGGCACUCAAGGCAAACCAGCAAUUGCCCAUAGAGAUCUGAAAUCCAAGAAUAUUUUAGUAAAGAAGAAUGGAACAUGCUGUAUUGCAGACUUAGGACUUGCAGUAAGACAUGAUUCAGCCACAGAUACAAUUGAUAUAGCUCCAAACCACAGAGUGGGAACAAAAAGGUACAUGGCCCCUGAAGUUCUAGAUGAUUCCAUAAAUAUGAAACACUUUGAAUCAUUCAAGCGUGCUGACAUCUAUGCAAUGGGAUUAGUUUUCUGGGAAAUAGCUCGAAGAUGUUCAAUUGGUGGAAUUCAUGAAGACUACCAACUGCCUUAUUAUGAUCUCGUACCUUCUGAUCCAUCAGUAGAAGAAAUGCGGAAAGUUGUUUGUGAACAGAAGUUACGUCCAAAUAUUCCAAAUCGAUGGCAGAGUUGUGAAGCUUUGAGAGUGAUGGCCAAAAUUAUGCGAGAAUGUUGGUAUGCCAAUGGAGCAGCUAGGCUUACAGCUUUACGUAUUAAGAAAACAUUAUCACAGCUCAGUCAACAGGAGGGCAUAAAAAUGUAAUUCGACAUUUCAGCCGAAUAACACUUUAGAUUCAUAUCUACUCCUGGGUUUUCGUUUGGAAGGUCAGUUGUUCUACCUCACUGAGAGGGAACAAAAGGAUAUUGCCUCCUUUUGAAACAUGGAAGUAACAGUGGAUUACUAACCCCCAGGAUUACUGUGGACCCAAGAAGAAGCUGUGUGGGUUCUUUCUGUGCACUAUGAACACCUCUUUCCCGGGACAGUUACAGAAAAAGUUGUGUAGUCUCUUUAUUUUUAUUAACAUGAAAGUUGUUUUUUAAAAGUUGAUUGCCAGUCUUAACUUUAGUUAACUCUGCUAAAGAUUUAUCUUUUUAAAAUGGGGAGCUGAAUUGUACAGGACAUUAUUAUUAAUGUAAGUGAUUUAAUCCUGGUUAGUACAAUCUCAAAGUAUUCUGAACCACUAAAAUUAUCCUUGAUUCAGACUUUGAAUGUACUGCAGUUUAAUUUUCAGGAUCUUUUAAAACUAAACUACCCUUAUAAAAUUCUUACUUUGACUUUAAAAUGACCUCAUCCAAUUCAGAACUUAAUUUAUGCAGUUAUAUUUUGUAUACUAUUAUUUUACAUAUUCAGAAUCACAAGCCUUCAAAAUGAAAUUGUACUAUACCAGUAAGUGCCACUUCUGUGUCUUUCUAAUUCAAAUUAGUAAAAUUGUAGAAAGUCUAUUUACAUAAUCAGAUCUACAAAGGCUAAAUUGAAAAGGUAAAUUUAGCUGGUUGAAAGUACAUAGUAUUUUUGGGAUAUAGUUAUACCAUUCUUAAAAAUUCUUACCAAAAUAUGCUUUUAAACCACUAUGGGAAUUAGGUAGUAUUAAAGUUAGCUAAUUUAGUUAUGGUCACAUUUUAACAAUAUGCUAUUGAGUUUUAAUUUGUGAUAUCUAUGGAAUUUUUAAAAAAUCAAGUGGCACUCUUUAGAUGCUUAUAGUACUUUAGUAAUUUAAAAUGAGGAUAAAGACUAAUUUUUUAAAAAGGGAAAGUUUGCUAUAUUUAGCUGCUUGUAAGAAGUUGUUUGUGUGUGGCUCUAUAAGCCUCUUUUCUUUAUCUGAUCAGAAACAGUGUUAUUUUUUUUUAACAAUAAUUACCACACUGUUCAAUAGAUUCUUUUUUUCUUUAGGAAAGUGAAAGCAAUUUAUAGGUUGAAAGAUAAUGGUUGUACAAGAUACAAGUGCAUUGGUUAAGUAAAAGUAAACUUGUCCUGUGGCUUCUGUUGAUAUUUUUUAAUUACAUUGAAGCUAGAGUGUUUUUUGAGGUAUCAUUAGAUCUUGGAAGGAGAUAAAGCUUUUAAUGCGACUUUUCCUCUUUGUAAGAUGAGCAGAAUAUUACAACAUGCUUGAUAUGUAUUUGAAUUUAAUUUACCAUUUGGUGUUUGAGACAAGAAAAUCUGAAAGUAUCAGGUGAAUUUCAUCAUUCAUGAAUGUUUUUUAAAUCAAGUACGUGGAAUAAAUUUGUCUUAGACUUCAAAUUAAUGAGCUGAAUUUAUAGCUGUUCUUUCUUCCACUGUUAUAAAAUCUUUUCAGCGUUUUACCAAUUUUCAAAAUUUUUAUUUAAUCACUAUGAUCCAUUCAGUUCUAAAAAAACCUGACUCACGAUAGCAGUAAGUUGAGUCUUUGAUAAAUAAUUGGAAUAAUUUUAUAGUAUUUUUAUUUUAAAAAUUAUAGCCAUGCAACUGAAUAGGAGUUGCAUUAUAUCUUGUCUCUUAAAAUCUGAAAGAACAAAUUUGAGAGACAGUUAGUCCAAAACCAAAGUAAUAUUAGAAUUGUGACAUUUUAUUUACACAUUUAGCAUUUAUUUAAAAGACAUCAUGAGUGAAACCAUGAUUAGUGACUUAUACAGCGUAGUAUUCUAAUUUGCCUAAAUUUGAGCUUUUUUUUCAGUAGCUAUCUAAAAAAAAGUUUGGGAGAUUCAUUUUUGUACUUGUUAUAUUAUUAAACAGGAAAUAGGUACCUCUAGCUUUGUGAACACUAAAAAAAAUUAAGAUUUGUCAACUCAAAUCAUUUGCUUUUAUUAAAUUCAGGGGACCAAUACAUUUUAUCAUUAAAAAGAUUUUCUAUCAUUUUAAGAAUAUGCCAAAAUUUAUCUAAUUAAAAAUUGUAAUGUAUGAUCUCACAAUUUGUGAAAGGUAAAAUUUCAACAAAGAACAUAUUUAAUAUUAUUAGAAGGAAGAUAGAGUUAACAUUAGACUGUUCCUGGCUACCUAGACAUAGAUACUUUUCUUAAAUCAGGGACUUCAAUUAGCAAGUUUCUUUAUUAGGCUCUAAUAUAGUUUUAUUUAUGAAUACAACUUUUCCGGUUUGGGCCAAUGAUGGUUUAAAUAGCCCCAAAUUAUCUAAUAUUGGAAAAGAUGACUUAAAAGUUUAAAAAUGAACAUUUUAUAUGUGAGGCAGUAACUAAGUGAAAAUAGGCUGACGGUGUUAGUUUGUUAAUAUGGAAACAGUUGCCUUCUUGCAUGCUGUUUACAUUUCAUAUAUUUAAUCCUAAAAAAUAGUCAACACAAGCUAAAAUGUCAUCUCUCCAAAAACCCCUUCCCCACCCUGGAAAGGGAGCUACUAAACAGAAUAUAUGUUGUGUCCACAAGGAGCACCAGAUCUACAAUAUUAUUCUUUGCCAACUUUUUAAUUUAGAGUCUACAACUUUUUCCUAAUGAAUUUCUUUGGAUUUCCCCAGAGUCUUAUGGUUGCUGACUAAAGGUGUCCACUACUUAACAACAUCACUUAAUUUUCUGAGAAUGAGGAAUGACAGUGGCAACCAAUAUUCAGAUUUUCCAGGCACUAUUAAUCUGCGAACAGAUCAUAGCCUUCUGAAUGGUGCUCUCCCUUUGAAAAGCCUACAGACUUAUAUAAGAUUUGGGGAGAUGACAGAGGUGCCAAUUAUGGCAAUGCUGACUGAGCUGGAAAACAUGAAAAGCACAGGGGAGCCCUUCUAGAUCCAGUAGUAGUGGGGGAGCUAUGCCUUUGCCUCAGCUAGGUUCGUAGUACAAUAAAAAGUGCCUACACUAAGUAAGAAUGGACAUUGCUGUCAUAAGUACUAAAUUUACCUUCCCUUAACUAAAUUUAGAAGGGUUAAUAAUUAGCCUGUAAUUUUGCAUCAUGUAAAUCAAUGUUUCUUAGUUCCUACUCAAAAAAGGUAUGAUAUACAGAUUAAAAAUUAAGAAAAUUCUUAGUAAAAAGAUAAAAUAAAAUCUGUAUUACUUUUUGCUUUGUUUCAUCAAUAUUUCAUUCAGGCCCUUGUAUCGAACCAGUGAUUGAAGGUGAAAUGUUAAAAGUAUUUCUUUUGUUUGGCAAAUGGGAGAGGAGAUUCUUGUUCCAGUUGAGCAGAUUUCUUUUCUAGUUGAAAAGGGAAUGGAAAUUAUCAGACGGUUUUAGUUCUUUAAGAGUAGUACUAGAUUGUACUGAUGCCUCGAGGGACCGUUUAGAAUGCUGGAAUACUUCCUGUAUGCUGGAUUUCUUGGACAUUUCAGAAAUGACAGUACAACAUUGGCACUUUUCACUCCAAUGCUAAAAUUUUUGUGUUAUACCUUUGAGAAUGUGGCUAAUAACAUUUGACUCUUUGUAGAGCAUAAGCUUUCAUUAAUUUUUCUAAACAAAAUUUGUAAAAAGUCAUGAAUCAUUUUUAUAUCCUUUUUCACAUUGUGCCAUUGAAAAUGAUUAUAGAGGUAUUUGGUGUUAAUUUACAUGUAAAGAAAAUGCUUCAAUAUAUCAUUUGCUUUAAACCUAAAUUACCUCUUGAAAGACCAAGGUACAUUUACCUCAUUGUGUAUAUAAUGUUUUAAUAUUUGUCAGAACAUUCUCUUGAUUUUCAGUUGUUUCUCUAUACUAUGGGUAUUAUAUCGCUAAAUUUACAACUCCAACGGUACUGUUGUUUAUAAUUGUGCCCCAUAUGAAACCAUUUGUCCUUUUUAUUUUCUGUAUUUUAUUGUAUUUUUUGCAAAUUGUUUGUGGCUUUCAAUAUAGCAUAUGCCCUUCUAGAGAUGUACAAAUCAUGCCCUGUAUAAAAUUUACAUUUUAGGUGAUUAAAUUUGCAAAGCUUAUACAGAUGACAAAAAAAUCACAAACCACAUUUCCCCAUAAAAUUUUGGAAAUUAUAUAUUGUAUUUGUAGUACAUACCCAAAAAGGAUUGUAAGUAGGAAGUAGAAGAGUAAUGCUUAUGUUAGCAUUUAACACUACAAUAGAAAGAUUAAAGCAAUGCAAAUAAACUACUCUUUUCCCAAGCACUA